ACCAAUUAGGGACAAAUGGAAAGAAAAUAGAGUCAUAGUGUUUCGUGCCAAGACAUUAUACUUAUGAGUAGCUAGCAACUAGUAAUAGCAAAGCAAAAACAACUCAACCCCUUCCAUAGCUUUCAUCUCAAAGAACUCACUCAUUGCCUUUUCCUUAUCACUUCUUUUCUCACCCUUUAACAAUGCUUAAUAUCUUCCUUCCUUCUCACCAUCACUAACAAAUUCUCUACAAACACACACAUCCAUGGAGUUUAACCUUGAAAACCCUCUUGAAAACUUUCAUGACCUUCCUAAUUCUCAAUGUGUUUCUUCCCUUUUCCUCAUUGAAUCUGACCAUAUCCCUCCACAAACUUACUUCCAAACCCUCAAAUCAAACGAGUUUGAUGCCUCACUUAGAACUGAUUUCAUCUCUUUAAUCUCACAGUUGUCAUGCACCUUUGAUCCAUUUGUGACUUACCUAGCCAUCAACUAUUUGGAUCGCUUCCUAGCUAACCAAGGAAUAAUGCAGCCAAAACCAUGGGCCAACAAACUUGUUGCAGUAACAUGUUUUUCUCUAGCACUAAAAAUGUUGAAAACAGAGUACUCUACCACUGAUGUUCAGGGUCAUCUGAAUCAUGAUGAUGGUGGAUUCAUUUUUGAGACACAAACGAUAAAAAGAAUGGAAGCACUUGUGUUAGGAGCAUUACAAUGGAGAAUGCGUUCCAUUACUCCAUUCUCUUUCAUUCCUUACUUCACCAAUUUGUUUAAUCUUGAUGAUAAUAUAACAUUAAAGGUUCUCAAAGAUCGAGCUUCUCAAAUUAUAUUCAAGUCACAAAAAGAUGUAAAGGUUUUGGAAUUCAAGCCAUCUAUAGUUGCUGCUUCAUCCCUUCUUUAUGCUUCACAUGAAUUGUUUCCUUUUCAAUAUCCAUGCUUCUUGGGAACAAUAUCCAAUUCUUCCUAUGUAAAUAAAGAAAGUGUUAUGGAGUGCUAUAAUGUAAUACAAGAUAUAUCUAAGUUGGAGUACGAAUCAAUGUUUAAUGCAAAUUCAAGUUCAGGCACACCAGUUAAUGUGUUAGACGAAAAUUUUCUAAGUUUGGAAAGUGAAAAAACCAAUGGAACAAAUCUUGAUCCAACUACAAUGAAACAAGAGAAGCAUUUCAAAAGGAGGAAAAUUUAAUCAUAAAUGCUGAAGUACUCAAAAAAGAAGAAGAUACCAACAUUUAAUUCUCAUGGUCCAUCCAAGAACAGUUAAAAAAUUAAUACAAUAAUAUGAAGAGAUAGAUAGUGAUGGAAUUAAUGGGAAUGAGAAAAAAAAAUCAAUGUAACGUGAUUCUUGUACGGAUUUUUCAUUAAAUCUUGUGAUUGUGAAAAAGGAGCAUGCAUGAAAAUAUUGGAAUUAAAAUUUUCUCUUUUUUUCCUAUGAUAGAGGAAACAAAAAGACAAGAUGUAGCUUUGAAUUGUUUUGUAUUGUCUGAUUUGUAGUGAAGUGUGGUUCUGUCUUUUAGCUUAUGGCAGAGGAAUAAUAGUGUAGUAAUAGUGAAACAGCAAA